AUGGCUGCAAUAGGAAGUGCUUUCCUCUCUGCAACUUUAAGGCUAACACUACUCACUCUUCAACCUGUGCUAGAUGCUGCCGAGGAGAAGCAGAUUAGCACUCCUUCUGUCAAAGACUGGCUUGAUGGCUUGAAAGAUGUUGUCUAUGAUGCAGAAGAUCUGCUUAACCAAAUUAGCUAUGAUUCCCUUCGAUGCAAGAUGGAGAACACGCAACCUGCAAGCAAAACUAAUCAGGUGUGGAACUUCCUUUCUUCUCCUUUUAAAAACAUCUAUGGAGAGAUCAAUUCCCAGAUGAAAGAUAUGUGUGAAACCCUCAAACUUUUUGCUGAUAAGAAAGAUAUACUUAGUUUGCAAACUAAAACUAUCAGAGUUUCUCAUAGAACACCUUCAAAUCCUAUGUUCGAUGAAUCUGUCAUGGUUGGUAGGAAAGAUGACCUAGAGAAAGUAAUAAACAUGUUGCUAUCAGAAAGCAAUACUAAUAUGGGCAUAGUUGCAAUUGUAGGCAUGGGAGGCCUCGGAAAAACAACACUUGCACAACUUGUUUGUAAUGAUGAAAAAGUUCAAAACCACUUUGAUCUCACAGCAUGGGCUUGUGUAUCAGAGGAUUUUGAUAUCCUUAAUGUAACCAAAACUCUCCUUGAAUCUGUCACUAAAACACCAUCAGGAACCGACAAUCUUGAUUUACUUCGAGUUGACUUAAAGAAACAUUUAAAAGACAGGAGAUUUUUGAUUGUGUUGGAUGACUUAUGGAAUGACACUCGUCACGAUUGGGAAGAUCUUGUAUCGCCGUUGAUUUAUGGAAAACAUGGAAGCAGGGUGAUCAUCACAACACGCCACAAAAAAGUGGCAGAUGCUGCACGCACAUUUCCUAUUUUUGAGUUAGAUCCUCUAUCAGAAGAAGACAUUUGGUCUUUACUCUCCAAACGUGCAUUUGGAAGUGGUGACUUUUCUGAAACUCAAUGCCGAAACCUAGAACCAAUUGGCAGGAAGAUUGCAAAAAAGUGUGGUGGAUUGCCAAUAGCUGCGAAAUCACUUGGAGGACUGUUGCGUUCAAAAGUAGAUACUGAAGAGUGGAUUGAAGUUCUGAACAACGACAUAUGGAACUUAAAGGAUGAUAAUAUUCUGCCUGCAUUGCGCCUGAGUUAUCAAUACCUUUCCUCUUAA